AUGGUAGUGUUUCAGUUGCUGGUGCUCUUACUGUUGGUGCAGGGGAUGUGCACGUUUCUGCAUAUUUCUCAAUGCUCCAUCAGAGAACCUGUCCCUAUUCUUCACAAAUAUUAUCAGUCAGGAGAUCUCAUCAUUGCUGGCAUUAUUUCUCAGAUCUACAUAUUUUCAGAUACCCUAUCCUUUGAAAAACACCCAUCUCGGGAAUUUUCAGAUGACCAUAUGGUGCUGACUCACCUCUACCAGCACAUCCUGGCCUUGGCAUUUGCUGUAAAGGAGAUCAAUGAAAAUCCCCAGAUCUUGCCCAACGUCACCCUGGGCUUCCACAUUUAUAACAGCCAUUUCAGUGCAAGCUGGACCUAUGAAGCCUCAAUAGAGCUUCUCUCAAGAAGGGCCAAGGUCAUCCCGAACUAUAAAUGUGAUGCUGAGAGCACUCCAAUAGCAGUCAUUGGGGGACCUAACUCUAAUGUCUGUCUUCAUAUGGCACCCAUCCUGUGUACCUACAAGAUACCACAACUUAUAUAUGGUUCUUCCCCAGUCAUGAAUAAACAAUCUCAAGGAGUUUUCUUCCACCAGAUGUUUCCAAAUGGAGACCAUCAAUAUAGAGGAAUGAUCAAGAUACUGCUGCAUUUCCAGUGGACAUGGAUUGGAGUGGUUUCUCAAGAUGGGGAAAAUACAGAAGGGUUUAUAGAGAAUGUACUCCCAAUGUUUUCCCAGAGUGGCAUCUGCUUUGACUUCAUAGAAAAAUUCCCCAAACAAACAACAUCCAGUGGUAUCACUGACAUGGUGGGGGAGGGCUUUCACAGUGUCAGUGUUAUUAUGGGAAGCACUGCGAAUGUUGUGGUUGUACAUGGAGAAAUUCAGACCAUGAUGGCAUUGAAAAUGGUGCCCCAAGUUGUAAAAUUUGAGCAUAUACCAAUGAGGACCAAGGGCAAAGUCUGGUUCAUGACAGCCCAGAUGGAUAUCACAUCAUUUCCAUUUCAAAGAAAUUGGGACAUAAGUUUCCUUCAUGGUUCUCUUUCUCUUGCAAUUCACUCAGUGAAUCUCUUAGCUUUCCAGAAGUUCCUUCAGACCAAAAACCCAACCACAGAAAAAGAAGAUGGCUUUAUCAAGGACUUCUGGGAAGAGUCAUUUAACUGUUCAUUCCCCAGUUCAGUGGCAGAUAAUAUAGGUGGGCAAAUCUGCACUGGGGAGGAGAAGAUGGAGGCACUUCCCAUGUCUGUUUUUGAAAUGAAAAUGACUGCCCACAGCUACACCAUUUACAAUGCAGUCUAUGCGGUGGCACAUGCUUUGCACACCAUGCAUUCAUCCCAAUUCAAGCUCAGGGGAAUGGCAGAGGGAGUAAGAUGGGAGCUUCCAAAUUCACAACCGUGCCAGGUAAUGUCCUGA